AUGGCGCCACCCGUCGGCAAGAACAAGGUCAAGGCGAUCACCCAGCACAAGGGGGUGUUGCCCCACCACCGCUCGCACCCGCGCGGCAAGGCGGCCGACACAAGCGCCGGGCUCACGUUUAGGUUUGAGGACCCCCUGCAGCUGCCCAAGCAGAACUUCAACGUCCUGUACGUCCAGACGCCCCGCAUCGGCCUGCUGCAGGCGCCCUUUUUCCGCGCGUUUGCGGAGACCUGCCAGGAGACCGCCGAUAUGGUGAAGCCCAUGCUCAGGCUGGGCAUACGUGAGACUUCGCUCUUCGACAAGUGCCCCUACUACGAUCCCAACUUUUCGCGGGGUCCCAGCGGCAGCCUGAUCAUGCUGCGCCACACGCGCGAGCUGGUGAACUCCAUCCGAGACGGCUGCAUACACCAGAAGUGCGAGAAGCCCAUUCCCAAGGCGCGUGUCUAUAUCAAGGACUUUCCCAACGCGACCACGGUGCUGCUGCUCAACCUCGGGGCCUACUACCUCAUCACCCGCCAGGCCAACCGCCUGCGUGGCGUGUGA